AAAAUGCCUGGCAACCAUCCAUUUAAUUUGUGUCUGACAAUGCUGGACUCUUCAGACCUCAUCUAUACUGAUUUGCCAUUGUUUCGGGGCCUCAGAUCCAUCCAGUCGUGAUCCAUCGUCUGUGCCGUGGGAAUCCACUCGCGCCCUGAGAGAGAGAGAGAGAGACAAAGAGAGAGUCAGACAGCCAGCCAACCCUCGGCUAAAGAUGGACCAUUCAGACGAGCAAUCUGUAUCGCCGGCCACCAUCCACCUCGUCAGCAGGAAAAAGAAGCGCGCCUCAAAAGCCUGCUCAUGCUGUCGGACUCGCAAGAUUCGCUGCGAUGUGCUCAAGACGGGCGUUCCCUGCACAAAGUGCCAGCUCGAUGGCUUCGAGUGCGUCGUCCAGGCUCGCAAGAAGCGGCGCGGGAAGAAUGAGAUGGACAAGCAGUCGCCAUCGCCGGGCCAGGACUUGACCAUCACCGGUGCUGCAAGGCCAUCGUCGCCUCGCUCAAUCCCACCGCAUGCCAUGCUUCACCAAGUUCCUCACUAUCCCUUCUUUCGCAGCUUUGCCCCUGACAGCCAGCCAUCUUUGCUGGCUGUCUCACAGGAUCCCCGUCGUCUCUCGGGUUCUAUCAAGCAUUCCAGGUUGGAUGAAGAUGAUAUCCAGUAUCUCAAACGGAAAGGUGCUCUCAGUCUUCCCCCAAAGGGAGUCAUGGACGAGUUUAUUUCCAACUAUUUCCAGCUCUUCCAUCCAUUCUUUCCCAUCAUCGACAAGUCCAACUUUCUGGCUACUUACUAUCGAAGCGAUCGUGGUGCUGCAUCUCUUUCUCAAGGUCCAAGUUUGUUGCUUCUACAGACCAUACUAUUCACGGCCAGUGCGACGGUGCCUAUAAAUGUCGUCCGAGACGCUGGCUUCACAACUCGAAAAGAGGCGAGAAUCGCACUCCACAAAAGAGCACGGUAUCUAUACGACUUUGACUUCGAGUCGGACAACAUUACAAAUAUCCAGGCGCUCCUUCUGAUGAGCCACUACUACCCAUCCAUGGUUGAGCAAAAGCACACCUGGUUCUGGAUCCACCAGGCCAUCAGCCUUGCGCAAGGAGUUGGGCUGCAUCGAAAUGCCCCUCAGGAACCCCAGCGCAAACUUUGGGCCAGACUAUGGUGGGCAUGCCUGGUCAGAGACAGGCUCACCACGCUCGGCACGGGACGCCCAAUGCACAUCAACAGUCUGGAUUGUACAGUCCCAAUGCUCACGCUCGACGAUCUCAAGGAAGAUGGCGACAGCGAAGAUGACCGAACGGUCAAGGAAUUUUUCAUCGAGUUUGUGAAGCUUUGCCAGUACAUGGAAGGAGUGCUGUCGCUCCCUCACAACAUCGCUACAGAACCAGGAUCACUGGAGGAGCAGAUUGGUCUUUGCGAAGACACCCUCCAGCAUUGGCGUUUGAAUUUAGUCCCAAGUGCGAGGUUGCACGAAGAGUAUGGGAGAGAUUUUGACAAACGUGGCAUUUGCACUCUCUACAGGGCACUCCUACAUCUCAUGUACAAUAUUGUCGUCAUCGCCCUUCACAAGUCACAUCAGGUUUUGGAUGAGAGCCGUCCCAGUGGUGCACAACCUCCACUCCCAAAAGUUCAAGCAGCCGCCGAAGACUCGACCCGACUAGCUGGCGAGCUCGUCAGAUUAGACUUGAUCAAGUAUUGUCCGACAAUAUGUGUAACCGCUAUCCUGCCACCGCUCAUCGUUCAUCUUCUCAUGAUGCGAUCCUCCCCAGAUCCAGUUAGCAGGCAGCCCCAUAUCGACAGAUUCAAUAAGUGUAUGGGGCUGCUGGAACAGCUUGGCGAUAUUUAUUGGCAUGCGAGCUUCUAUCACGACUUCUUUAAGCUUGCAGUCUUGCAUUCACAAGGACCAGCAGCAUACACCAACGGAAAAGAGCAAGAUCCGCUUGUUGCAUUUCUCAACGACCACAUGCCCGUCAAGCUCCCAGUUCUCAGAGGAACAGAACUGUACAGUCAAUAUGCCAGUCGGCGGCGUACACCGACAGGGGAUGAUAUCGAAGAUAAUACUACAAAGCCUACAGCUACACCAAGUCGAGACGAUGGCGCUGCUGAUCUCUCGUCAAUCGCCACGACUACUUCCGCUGCUCAGACCGGGUUUUUGGCUCCCACAACACAAGCUUCCGUACCUUACGAGCUUGGCACUGAUGAUUUGGGGCUUGGGGCCGUUGCCCUUCCAGACACCAACCUCCAACUUUUCGAGGAUUGGCUAGAUGAAUAUGGGUAUUUUCACAACAUCUUCCCAUCUGCUUAAGUGUACCUUAUUUUUCAUGGGAGUGGUUAUUUAGCACCCUAGCGACUGCGUGGAUUUCAUGUGCAAGAACAAGAUGCUGAGGGAAAUCUUCUUCUUUGCUACUACCGGUAAUUAUCUAGGUAACAGACACCCAGCUCCAUGACUAUCUGCUGCUGUUUUUACUUUCCUACAGUUGCAUUUCUCUAGUAUCUGGUAUGAUCACUAGCAUUAUAAUCGAGAUACGAGAUGCUAGAUACUAGAUUUGGAGUGCUGAAUAGUCAGUCUCUUUCCUCAGCAUAAUGUGUUGCUGCAUAUUCAUAAUUAGUCCAACUUAUGACUAGGCAUCUAAGAGGCGUCCAAGCGGCGCGUCCAAAAUAUGUACAUAACAUCACAAUCUUCGUACACACCAGACGUGCCGCAAAUAUAAUCCCAGC